AUGAUCAGUGUGGAGGCUUACGCCGGCGCCAGUGGCGAAAUCAACUGCGAAUCCUUUGUCCAGUGGCUCUUCGAUGAACAGGAGACUUCCGCAGAUGCGGCGGCCACAGCGCUGUCGCUCUUCCGUCGAGGCUUCUCAGUACGGCAGCUGGUGCACUUCGUCAAGAGGUAUCGUUCUUAUGGAGGGCGAAGCUUGUCGACAAUGACCACAGCGGAGGUGGUCAGAGACAUCAUCAUCCCCGAAACCCGUGAACGGCGAUGUGCCAUGGUGGAUUUGUUCGAAGGAGGGCCGAGGGAGCCAGUGUGCCUCAUGUCUCAUUGGUGGGGGAACUCCUUCAUGGCCUUGGUGGAAGCCAUCAUGGGCCAUGCUUCCGGUCAGCUGCUGCCUGCGGAAAACGUCCUUUCAGAGGAGGAACUUGAGAAGACCUACUGGCUUUGUAUCUUCGGUGUGAAUCAACAUGUCUCCAUCUGCGGAACGGCUCACAAUCCCUGCGACUGUGGUUCGCCGAAGUUCUUGAAUGGCCAUCCAUGUUGCGAAAUGGACAAAUUUGGGCUGAUGAUGCAGCACAUCCAGGAACAUGCUCUUGCGAUCGAUCGGCAAAUGGUGACCCUGACGCGUAUUUGGGUUCUGAAGGAGCUACAAACGGCCCUGGCCAUGUCAAUUCCCACGGAAUUCAACGGGACGAUGUCCUUCAGCGGCGCCUUUGCGGAUGAGCAGCACCUGCCCAGUGUCAGAGAAGCAGAAGCUUCACGACAGGAAGACCGACAUUUGAUCCUCCGCGACAUCGAAGGCACCGUGGGCAUCGAUGUCUUCGAUGAACAAAUUCGUCGCAAGGUGCGGGAGGAGAAGGCGAAACUGGCCUUCUUCGAUGCUUUAGUGCGGCGUGAAGUGGAAAAGGUCCAGCAGCAGCUGGCGCAAAAUCCCACGCUGUGCAACGUGCAGCUGCGACACUUCGGCCUGAAAAGCCCCUUGCAUUUCAUGUCGGAGCGCACACGCACGGCCAGUGAAUGGGAAGAUCUCAGCGGACGCAGCACCAUCUUCGAACAUCUCUUCAGGGCCAGAGCAGAUCCUGCCCUGAGAGAUGCGAGCGGUAGGACUCCGCUGCAUACCAUUUGCAUGUGGGAUGGCGAUGUGACGUUGGCCAAGCGCCUGGUGCAGUGCCGGGGCGACCCCUCGGCGCGGGCCUGGCGUGGCGCGGUGGCGAAGCUGACGCCACUGGAACUGCUGCAGGGACGCGUGGGGAUUAGCCCUCAGCUCUUUGACCGUGGAUACCAAAGUCGUUCCACGCGAAAGACUCAAGAACUACAGGAAGCUCGGCACCGAGUAUUUGAGAAGCCUCGAGGUUACUCCUCUUCGCCCCUGAAACCUGUGGGCGUUGCCAGGGGUGAGUAUUCCUUAAAGGUGCGCCGCUUCGUGGAACACGCGCAGCAGGAACACGAAGUGGCCGUCGAGCAACACGCGUUAGGGCUGAUCUGCUCCGAACGUCGGGAACUCUGGUCGCGGCUCCGGCGGCUGCGGUCGCGGAGCGAGCCCAGGGUGUCCAAAGAGAUCCUUUGCCAAGUGCUGUCCGAGGUUUGUGGCGAGUUGGAUUGGCCGCGCAUCCUUGCCCGCUGCGCUCCGGAGCUCGGGGAAGAGGUGGCCUAUGGUGAAUUCUUAGCUGCACCAAACGUCAGGUGGUUCCACCAGGGAGUGGCUCAGAUGGUGACACUGGCGCGCGCCUCUGCGCAGGCGGAACUCCGCUUGUCUGGCCUGGCUGCGCUCUUUGACAGUCCCAACGGUCUCGUGACGCCACAACUCGCGCGCGAAGCCAUUGGGCAGCUCCUGCCGUCCUUGCGCGAGCGCCAGAGACGGCAGCUCUCUGCCAGCCUCUUUGGGGAGGAGACCACAGAGCUGAGUGCCGUGCUUCACCAGUUGGCUCUCUUUGCAGAUCCUCCACAAUUUCCAGAGCCUUGGAUGAAGACAGCGCUCAGUCGUAUUGGUGAGCUGAUCUUGAAGAAGCAUGGGCCGCCACUGCAUUCAGCGCUCAUCCAGUUCUUCAAGGCCACAGCUCAAGAUGGGAGCGACCUCUUGGGCCCCAAGGACUUCGUGGAGGGCCUACAACAGAUGGGCACCUACGACUGCAGUGGGGACGUGGAGGUGCCUCUGCUUCACGCAGGCAGACUCUACCAGAUCUUCGAGGCCAUUGACAGCAACUGCUCUGGCACCAUCUCGUUUCUGGAGCUCCUGCUUGCAAUGGACGAGCGCUCUGACAGGCCAGAACUGCCAGAGUUCCCAGCGUUGGAAGGGUCGUUAUGCGCCACGCUGCUCGUGCACAAGGCUGCCUUGCUGCGUGUGUGCCGAGCGUUAGACCCCUUGGAUUCGGGCCGCAUUUCCGUCAAAAACUUUGUGGAGUUAGUCUCACUGCUGUACCAAGUUCUCGAGCGCCCAUUAGCCGAAGCACAUCGCUUGGCCAUGCAAGAAGAACUGAGUGGAGAGGCGAGUGAUGUGAAGAAAUUGAAGGAUGUGCUGCAUCGUCAGCGCUAUAUGUUCCAGCAACUUCUUCAAAUGUGCCAACCCGCUGAGAUGAAGACUGACGAAUCCGAAGCUGCCAUAUUGGAUGCAGCACGCAAAAUUCCAAUGGCAAAUGAAAGACCUAUCACAUGGGCAGUUCAGCUUCAUGAUGAUGCAACCACACGGCAGCCGUUGCCUGACUGGCUGUCACGGCCAGUUGAAAAGUCUGUGACAUGGUGGUCUUCCGAAAACAGAAAAUGGCAAGCCAAGAUCGACGCACGUGCUGAGUUAGGCAAAGUGCUGCCUGCAAAGGCAAAGAUGAAAUACGAUGCAUUUGUGAAUGAGAAGUCUGUACUGAGUGAAGCAAUCACAGCUGACGACCUACCUGAACUUCCAGAGUUCAUCAGUAUGGGUGGUGUCGCCAACUCAGUUGUUGAGUCGUUGAAUGCCAAUAACGAUGCUGAUGACGGUGAGUAUGGAGAUGAUGAAGAGGAUGCUGCAGAUGAUUUCAAUGGCGAGCAUGAGGAGAAUGACAAUGGAGAAAACAUGGAAAUUGAUGCGGAAGAACAAGAGUUCAUGGAGAAUGCUGAAGCCAUUCAGGAUCAGGAUGACAGUGACAAGGAGGAAAUCCUUUACUACAGUUCUGAGGAAGAGACAGUGAAGGGCAUGGCAACAUCCAACUUCGGUCGCGUGAAAUCAUUUGAUCACCGCCCAGAGUGGAAAGCAUUGUCAGCCCGUGGGGCUACAGAGAUUCCACCCAAUUGCUUCAUCGGGUACCAUGCGACCAGCAGAACGUGGCAAGGGUACUUUGGUGAGUCUGGCGGUGGAUCAGGUUCGAUCUCACGAACUCAUGGCGGAAAAACGAACCGCACACCAGGUGAAGCUUUAUUGAUGGUAAUUCAGGGGAUGGUGGAGUAUUACUGCAGCAAGUUUCCCAGAGAUAAGGUCUGGAAGAAACAAUUGGAACGGCUAGACACAAUUAGCCAAACCAUUGCGAAGUUGUGA